UCACCUGUCCAUGUUUGGGUCUCACCUGUCUGUUUUGGGUCCCCAGGGCAGUUUUUUGUGAUGAUGUCACCGCAGGAGGUGCUCCCGGGGGGGGCCCAACGUUCCAUCGCCCCCCGCGCCCACCCCUACUCCCCGAAAUCGGAGGCUCCGAGAGCCACCCGGGAUGAGAAACGUCGGGCACAGCACAACGAAGUGGAGCGCCGGCGCCGGGACAAGAUCAACAACUGGAUCGUCCAACUCUCCAAGAUCAUUCCCGACUGUUCCAUGGAAAACACCAAAUCCGGGCAGAGCAAGGGCGGGAUCCUGUCCAAGGCCUGCGACUACAUCCAGGAGCUGCGGCAGAGCAACCUCCGGCUCUCCGAGGAGCUGCAGGGACUCGACCAGCUCCAGCUCGACAACGAGGUGCUGCGCCAGCAGGUGGAGGAGCUGAAGAACUCAGAGAGCACUGGGCAUUACUGGGAGCACUGGGUGUUACUGGGAGGGCUCCGGGGGCUAUUUUGGG